UCUGUUUUUCUCUCUGCUUCUUCUUCUGAUGGCCUUUGUAAUUCAAGUGUUGGUUUUCUAGAAGCUUCAGAAAAACAAAUUCUCUAGCUGGAUUUUAAAAUUGCAUGGUAAGAUGGUUUGAUGGUGUUUUUUAGAGAAGCACGAGCUCUGGUUGUGUUCUGUGCUGCUUUGCCUGCAUUGCCUCCAUAAAUGGGCUGCUUCAACUCUAAGCCAACAAGACAGUCUCCGGGGCAGGUCGAUCCAGUAGUUCUUGCAUCACAGACAGCUUUCACUGUCAGUGAGGUUGAAGCACUUUUUGAGCUAUUUAAGAGCAUAAGCAGUUCGGUCGUUGAUGAUGGACUAAUAAGCAAGGAAGAAUUUCAAUUGGCAAUCUUCAAGAAUAGGAAGAAGGAGAAUAUCUUUGCCAAUCGGAUCUUUGAUCUAUUUGAUGUUAAGAGGAAGGGAGUAAUUGACUUUGAUGACUUUGUUCGAUCUCUCAAUGUCUUCCACCCAAAUGCACCACUGGAAGACAAGAUUGAUUUUUCAUUUAGGCUCUAUGAUUUGGACAGCACAGGCUUUAUAGAACGCCAAGAGGUCAAGCAAAUGUUGAUUGCGCUUCUCUGUGAAUCUGAAAUGAAGCUAGCAGAUGAGGUGAUCGAAACAAUUAUUGACAAGACAUUCAUGGAUGCUGACCUGAACAAAGAUGGGAAGAUAGACAUUGUUGAGUGGCAAAAUUUCGUUUCUAAAAAUCCAUCAUUGCUCAAAAUCAUGACGCUACCCUAUCUGAGGGAUAUAACCACUUCUUUCCCAAGUUUUGUAUUUAACUCUAACGUGGAUGAAAUCGCUGCUUGAGAGAGACCACACUGCUUUAGUUUUUGCAAGUUGUGACAACAUUGGGUGUGUUUUUUUUUUUAUAUAUAUAAGUGCUUAGGGAGAGAUGAAGUAAUGGGAUGGCCAGUAUAGUUAGGCAUUGUCACUAAUUGUAAAUCACGUUCUAAUUGAAAUAUUUCAGUCGGCUUUCGCGUUAAAAGCUUUGAUUUUGAUUUAUUCUCCCCUAGUAAUGAUUCCCUUUAUUCUAUGAAAUGUGGCUCAUCAGUUAUUUU